GAAACUGCAUUUAUUUUACAGAAAUAAUGCUGCACACUUCCAUAAAUUAGGAUCUACAACAAAGCACGCGAGCAAUAUGGAUGCAAAAUUCUAUAAACUAAUUCUGCUGGGCGGAGCCGUACGCUUCUACUUCGUGCGUACACCUCUGGCGUCGCUCAUCAGCGACCGGGUAGAGUUUGCUACACCUUUAAAUUCCCAAAAGCGAAUGAAGGAAGGCAUAUACCUGCUGGACCAGGGCAUUGAUCCAUACAGUGGCGACCUGGUCCAUGAGACCCCACUAGUGCUGAAGGCUUUAUCGGGACUGUUCCUAAACUUUCCCCAGUGGCUGCCAUUAAUCUACAUAAUGCUCGAUCUGUUGACGGGGGCACUACUCUACAAUUUGAGCGUACGAUUUGUGAAGCAAAAGCUGCAGAAACAGCGCCUGGAGCGAAAGAACUAUGCUAAAGACACCGAACAACUGCAGUACAACGAUGAUGACAACUAUGAUAUACCUGAGCUCGUACUGAUUGCUUAUCUCUUCAACCCUCUGACUGUGCUGAGCUGCAUUGGCCUGACCUCGACAGUGCUGAGCAACCUGUUUCUAGCCCUAUUCCUGUAUUUCCUGACUAAAGGGCUUCUAUUGCCGUGCAUAUUUCUGCUGGCCUUUGAGACUGUUCGUAGCUUCUACCCAAUUGUGUUGAUGGCUCCACUGCUAUUAGUCUUUGCACGCCGCUCCUUCGCCGGUGGCGUCAUCCUAUCAGUUCUCUUUGCAGUUGCAUGCCUCAUUAUAGCUGCCGCCAGCUAUUUGGUUAUAGAAAGUUGGAGUUUCUUGGAUGGAACCCUAGGAUUUAUCUUUUAUUUCCGAGAUCUCCAGCCAAAUAUUGGUCUGUUUUGGUAUUUCUUUACCGAAAUGUUUGAACAUUUCCGCACCAUGUUCCUAAUCACAUUCCAACUGAAUGCCACAGUGCUGUACCUGGUGCCGCUCAGCCUUAAGCUGCGCAAGGAGCCAUUGCUGCUGGCAACCGUACUGGUGGCCCUCAUGGCUGUGUUUCGUGCAUAUCCAAGCCUGGGAGAUGUGGGCUUCUACCUGGCAUUGCUGCCUCUGUGGAAACGAUGCUGGAAGUACAUGGCCCAUGGCUUUGUUGUCUUCACAUUCUUCUUGGUGACCUUGUCCAUGAUGGGCACCCUCUGGCACUUAUGGAUCUACGCGGGAUCGGCCAAUGCCAAUUUCUAUUUUGGAGCCACGCUGGCCUUCUCGACGGGUCAGAUAUUCCUCAUCACGGACCUGCUGUUUGCGCACGUUAAGCGAGAGUUCUGUUUGUACAAUGGCCAGAAGAUCAUGAUCGACGGAGAGGAGGCGCGCAUACUCUUAAAAUAAGCCAAAAGCUAAUAUCAAAUCAACAAAACACUU